AUGAAGGUGGCCGUGUACCAGCGGCACGAGGACCUCGGCAAACAUCUGCGCCUCCACCACCAUGGCGCUAGCAGAAGGUGGGUCUGCGGUGUAUGCUUCUUCACCGACGACAGUGCUUACGCGCUGAAGAAGGUGAGGAAGCAUCACGCGGACUCCCAUGCAAAUAAUGCAGUGCCUCGUGCCGCGGGUGCACGGACAUCUGCCCCCGCGGGAAGGGUUAGCGGCGGUGCACCCCCGGCUGGGGGGGAUUUAGCCGAGGAGCGAUCCUAUACUGACGUGGCCUUGCCUGAGACGACGCAGAGACCCUCUCCGUCCCCUUUGGAAGCGACGGCACCCACCACGCGUGGAGGCGCGCUAACGCGCGCCAAGAAAUCUACCCUAACCAACACCCGGACCACGGUGGCUGCAAAACCGAGCAACGCGCCGAAGAGGAAACCGGUCAUCACUUCUACGGUGACGGGGAGGAAUUUAUUGACGGGCUGGGCCAUUAAAAAGACGACAGCGACAACGACAACGAGGAAGAGCGGGACGCCGUCCAGCCCCGCCGAUGGACGACCUCCAUCCACGGGGAGUCCCGCCACCCCGCCGACAGUAGACCUUACAACACCACCACCAGCGGGGAUCGGCGCCGCCAAGAGGAUCAGUGGUGGGUCAGUGUCAAUGAGGAGGCCGAGCGGGGGGUCAUCCACCACCCUGACCCCCCCCACCAAGGAAAAGGAGAAGAGCCCGGGGACGAAGAGAAGGUGCACCCGGGCUACGACGGAGCCUCCUCAACCUGACCCGCCCCAACGGACAGCAGCCAGGAAGGUAACCCCCGCCGUCACUUACGCCGAAGUGACCAGGGGCACGUCGACCGUCACAACAACCAUGACGACGAGGAGGAUGGCACGGGCGUCUUCCCUCCCGCCUGUGCCAAGGAACGAAGGAGCAGGGGGCGCGUCUACCACCCAAGCGCCCCCCACCAUGCCAGUGACGGCGACGUGCACCUUUGCGACGGCGGGGACACUGACCUUAACGACGACCUCGGUCUAUAGCAAGCCGGUGGCCGUCGUCACCGUCGCCACAAGAAGGAGCGGGGGGGGAAUCUCGCCGAGGGGGCUGAAGAAAAAGAUCCAGGAGGAUACGGUGCUCCUGGAGUCCGCGCCGACGACCAGGGCGCGGGCUGCCAGGGCAACCACCGAGCCCCCUCGGACCCCCCCCAGGACAACUCGAACAAAGAAGAGGAGGAGCCCACCAGCGGAUAUGGGCCCUGCGACGGUGAGUGAUACGGCCACCCCGACAACACCGGAGGAGCGCCCUGUGACGAGGAGGAGCACCCGGGCGAAAACCCUUUCGCCUGGGUCAACACAAGAGAAGAGGAGGGGGGACGGAACUACCACCCUACCGUCCCCCGCUACAGGGCGCCCCGGGAGAAGAAGGAUUCUCCCAGCUAUAGCCGAGGCGUCGUCGCCAGCGGUCACCGCGGCGCCGAUAAAGGAAAAGGGGAAGGAGAAGGAGAAGGAGCAGGAAGAGGAAGAGAAGGAAGAAUGUCGGGACUUCACGCCGCGGAACAGGAGGAGAAGGGCUGGGCGGCGUGAAGAGGAGGGAGUGACGACAACCCCGUCACCGAGGACGCAGGCGCGGCAGCCACCUCGAAUACGGAAUGAAGGAGCGGAAGUGGAAGUGGUCCGGGUGCCACGCGUGGUGGAGGCCUCCGUGGCGACGGAGCAAGGGCCUCCAAGAAAUAAGGUUAAGUAA